GGACCCCCGCCGGUGGAGCAGCUCCCCAUCAAGGUGGAUUACGGAGAUGAACUCAGCCCAGAUCAAAGCCUCACUCCGGGAGGAAGCAAAACCUCCUCUCCCUCUUCUCCGGGCGACGACGUGAUGCUGGGAGAGCUGACUUUCUCCGUGGACUACAACUUCCCCAAAAAAGCGCUGGUGGUCACCAUCCAGGAGGCGCACGGGCUGCCCGUGAUGGACGAGCACACGCAGAGCUCCGACCCUUACAUCAAGAUGACCAUCCUGCCCGACAAGAGGCACCGCGUCAAGACCCGCGUGCUGCGCAAGACCCUGGAGCCCGUGUUCGACGAGACCUUCACGUUCUACGGCGUGCCCUACAGCCAGCUGCAGGACCUGGUGCUGCACUUCCUGGUGCUCAGCUUCGACCGCUUCUCCCGCGACGACGUGAUCGGGGAGGUGAUGGUGCCGCUGGCGGGCGUGGAUCCCAGCACGGGCAAGGUGCAGCUCACCCGGGAGAUCCUCAAGAGGAACAUCCAGAAAUGCAUCAGCAGGGGGGAGCUGCAGGUGGCCCUGUCCUACCAGCCCGUGGCACAGAGGAUGACGGUGGUGGUGCUGAAGGCCAGGCAUUUGCCAAAGAUGGACAUCACCGGCCUCUCAGACCCCUACGUCAAGGUGAACGUUUACUACGGGUCAGCUCCACCUGGGGUAGACGAAGGUGUGGAAUGGGGCAGGGAUGAGUAGGAGUACAAUGGGAUUUUGAGGUUCCUCCCAGCCCAAACCAGAGCCCAGACCUCUCCCUGGGGUAGUAGAAGGUCUGGAAUG